AUGUUCUCUCGAUCGACCGCCUGCCGGGGCGCCCAGAGAGCUGCGCGCCACGCUGCCGUCCGUCCCUCGCAGCGCCGCGGUCUCGCAGCUCCCGCAUCAGGAUCCUUCCAGUACCAGUCGGGCGACGCAAACGGCGUCAAGUUUGCGAGCAGAGAUUACGCCGGUGCAACCACGACUCUCGCCCUCGUGGCCAAGGCCGGUACGCGAUACCAGCCGCUGCCCGGCCUGACCGAGGCCCUACAGCACUUUGCGUUCCGGAGCACCGACAGACGGUCAACGCUGCGCAUUGUUCGCGAAUCCGAGCUUCUGGGAGCUCAGCUCUCCUCCUACCACACCCGCGAGGCCCUGGUUCUCGAGGCCAAGUUCCUCCGCGAUGACUUGCCCUACUACGUCGAGCUCUUCGGCGAGGUUGCCGCGUCGACCAAAUACCUCCCCCACGUCUACCUCGAGGAGGUCCUCCCCAUGCUCCACUUCUCCCACAAGCAGUUCCUCGCCAACCCGCUCGACAUGGCCAUCAACUCCGCACACGGCCUUGCCUUCCACCGCGGUCUGGGCAACCCCACCGCUUCCUCGUCAUCUCACCCGUACACCAAGUACCUCGAAGCCGACACCGCUGAGUGGUUCUCCAAGAUCGCCUACGCCAAGCCCAACUUCGCCCUCGUUGCCAACGGUGCGGAGCACAGCGAACUGAGCAAGUGGACAAGCGAGUUCUUCGAUGGCGUCCCGGCGUCACCUAUCGAGCAGCUCACCACUGGUACCGAGCAGACCAAGUACCACGGAGGUCAGGAGCGCAUUGCCCACGACAGGGCUAAUGCCUUCGUGAUUGCUUUCCCUGGAUCUAGCUCUCCCUCUGGCAAGUUCUACAAGCCCGAGAUUGCCGUCCUCGGAUCGCUGCUCGGUGGCCAGUCUAGCAUCAAGUGGUCCUCUGGUUUCUCGCUGCUCGGAAACGCAAAGGCCUCGCCCGGUACCUCUGUCAAGACCACCAGCGCCAUCUACUCUGACGCUGGUCUUCUGUACACUGCCAUCACUGGUAACGCCGAAUACGUCGCGCAGACUGCCAAGACCACCGUCGAGCUCAUCCAGAAGAUCGCUGCCGGCGAUAUUCCUCAGGAGCUCUUCCAAAAGGCCAAGGCUGCUGCCAAGUUCAAGGAGCUCGAAUACGGCCAAGACACAACCGCCGGUCUUGUCUACACUGGCUCCGGUCUCAUCAGCAACAACCAGCCAUACCAGAUCGACGAGGUUGCCAAGGCCAUUGAUGGCGUCACAGAGGAGGCUGUCAAAUCGGCCGCCAAGUCAUUACUUGAGCAGAAGGCAUCAGUAUCAGCCGUCGGUGACCUCCACGUUCUGCCGUUCGCGGAAGACCUCGGUCUCAAGGUGUAA